AUUUGGUUAUUGCGAGCAUAGAACGAGUAACCGGUUAGUGGUAACCGUCUUUGAUAAACAAACUUGAGGACAGUUUGCAAAUAAGUUUUUAAUUAUUUUACAUGUACUUAAUUUAAAAAGUAUACCCAACCAUGUUUUAAUCAUAAUUUAUAUCUCUCCUCGCCUAGUCCUUGUUAACUUUUCUGUUACUCUUAAAACUGAUUUGGUUUUUAUUGAAAAGUCUCUACACAAUCUCCAGGUGACUUGUCUUUGGCAUGGAUGACUUUUUUAACACUUCACGACAUCCAAGAAAAUCAACUAACAAAAGACCGAGAUCGGAUAAUCAUGGUACUGAUGUCACGUUAGAAGAUGAAACACAAUUGACCAAUGAGUUCUUGCCCGUCAGAGGAAUCUCCACACCAUUUCCAGGUGCUUUACCUUUUGGCGUGGAGGAAACGUUUCACACUUCAGGAGAUCCAGCAAAAGACCGCUUGUUUAAAAUAUUUUUCCUCAAAUCACAAGACUGUGAUGGACUACGAUCAGCCUACAACUCGCUUUUACGCGAGGUGUUCAAUCCUCGCUGGAUUGAUUUCUCAGAAAUUGAUGAAAUGAUCUCGCUUCAUGAAAAUCCUGUUUUAGUUUUGGAUUCAUUCGAAUCUAGCGAGUUUUCACUUCUCAAAUCCAAAAAGAGUCUAAAAAUUUUUUCAGCUUUUGCCUUGCUCUCAAUAAAUCCAAGAAAGCCUAAAGACUUGCUUUCAUUCAAGCAUCCUCACAUCGCCAGUACUUGUAUGAAAAAAGUAUCUUUAACAUUCUCUGGUAUUUCAGAUAAUUCUGUUGUUUCUGAAAUUAGGAGUAAAACUCGUGCCAUGGGUGGUAUUUUUAAACCAGCACUAUAUGCAAAGACAACUCACAUUGUUGCUACAAACUGGAACACCGAAAAAGUGAAACAUUUUAGGAAAGCAAACAAGCCUGUGAUGCGUCCUGGAUGGGUAUUUAGAUGCUGGGAAAAGAGAGAAGAUAUUCUUGAUAUAAAAGAGUUAGACCCUCAAGAGUUCACUCUACCUGUGUUUGCAGGGAUGAAUAUUUGUGUAUCGGGGUUUGAACAACGUGAAAGAAUAAAAAUUAAACAAAUGGUUGUUACAAACGGAGGCAAUUGGCAUUCCGGGUUACUUUUGAACCAAUACGAUGCUGAUACUGAGUAUACACAAUCAACUCAAAUUGAUCCUAAUAACAAAACUACUCAUUUGGUUGUAGCUAGUAAAGCUGGUGACAAAUAUAAAGCUGCAAUGAGUGACCCAGACGUAAAAAUUGUUAAUAUUGACUGGAUCAAUAAAUCACAACUUCAAGGGAUUCCACAAAUGGAAGAUGAUCCAAAAUACUGUUUAAGAGACGACAGUGCUAUGAAUGAGUUGAGACGAGCAGAAAGGGAAAGAAAACGUAAACAAUUACAAAGUUGUAGUCAAAACAGUACUACUUCAACUCAAGACAAUUCUUUGCCCGUUCUUCCUCUCAAAAAGGAUAUUUUUACCAUAAUUGAAAAACUAGUUUUCACCAAAACGAUUCCUUCCACUGUUGUUUUCGAUGGACUCAGUUUUUGUUUUUGUGGCUUAGGCACUAAUUAUCAUCAAAAUGUAAAAAAACUCAUCUCUCGUCUUGGAGGCAUUGUUUAUAACGAACUUGUAUCUGCAGUUACGCAUGUUAUUAUUGGACCUCAUAUGACUUCUCGUGAUGCAUAUAAUCUCAAUCGACACGAAGAAAAAUAUCGAAGUAUAUCUAAAGUGUCCUUAGAGUGGGUGGUGGAAUGUGCAGAAAAUGGGAAAUUGUGUCCUCCAUACUUUGACGAUAAAUUAGAAAAAUUCUUAGAGCAAAUUAGUUCCACGCAAGAUUUACCAGCCAAUGACGCUAAGGAUGUUGCUUAUGCAAGAGCAUUGAAACGAGCAGAUGAAUUCACUAAAGAAAUUGAUUUGGUUGAAAAAUUGAACCAAAAUAACAACAAAAAUAAUCCCAAGAGUAGUAACAGUAAUGUUAAAAGCGGUUUCCGAAUGGGUUCAUUUUCAGCUGCGGCCAAAUUAAAGAUUAAAAGUAUUCCAAAAAGACGGGAGAGCAAUAAUCUUAGCAUCCCUGUUGAAUGGGCAAAUUCAUCUAACGAAUGAGUCUUUUCUAAUUAGCACUUGAAUUUGUAUAUUUUUAUAAAAACUCAAUAUCAAAUUUUAAACUUUAUACUCAUCAACUCUGUAAUGUUUAUGUACAAAAAUAUGAAUACAAAUUUUUUUAUUUCUAUUAAUCUGAAAUCUAAAAUCCUCAUCAAGUUAAUUUGUAAAUAAUAAACUUGAUAGAUAUAUCCAAUGAUGAUUGAAAAUUAAAUUGUUUAUUCCAUAUACCAUAAUAA